UUUAGAUUUUGACGUUUUCCACGUCUCCCCUUCUCCCGUCGUACUUUUUCCUCUUCGCGUCUGUCCGUCAGCUUCUCCGGCUCGUCGUUCUCGUCGUCAGAAAAUCACCGCCUCGUCAUGCCGAGAAAAAUUGGAUUCCACGUCGUAUACGCCACCAGCGAAGAGGACAGACACUCUUCGCUGGAACUGAAUGUUCAUGGACCGACGGUAAGGGGUUGGCAGAGUUCAAGAAGAUGUACGUAUCCUCAGGAACUCAUACUGCGCCUCCACGGACCGACGAAGCUUACGAGAAUACAAGUCUUAGCUCAUCAGUACCUUAUUCCCGAGAAACUGGAGAUUUGGACGUCGAGGGAAGAGAAUGCCUCCGUAACGACGGAGUUCAAUUAUUUGGGUUACAUUACGUUGUCCGACAAUGCCUCGACCAUGUACAAAAGCAGAGAGCUUAAGAGCGUAGCGCUUCCGGAGACAGAGGCUGUCUCCUUGAAACUGAGACUGCACAAACAGCACAAUAACGCGCACAAUGUUUACCAGCAGGUUGGACUUAUCGCUAUCAAUAUUCUCGGGGAACCUUACGGGCAAGAGCUGACGGGGCAGGGAGACGCGCCGUACAAUCCACAUUACACGUCCCCGUACGACGAUCUAGCCUUCGAAAUGUACGUCGAUCGCGAGGUCGCCAAGAUCAUCCGGCAAAUGGAGGCGAAAAAGUUGCAGGCGGUGGAAGAGGAGAGAUUCGAGUACGCUUCCAAGCUGAAAGUGGCCAUGGAGAACUUGCGAAAAGCCGGUGAACGACUCGGGAAAUACGAACUGGAGAAGAAGUACGCCAUAGCGUUGGAGGAUUACGACAAGGCCAAGGCGAAGAAAGCACAAGCGCAACAAUACAGACAGCAGGUCUAUCAGAGUUUAGAAGUGCAGGAUCUACUCGAAAUUCACGGGCAAUUGGAAAAAAAUAACCUGUCGUCGGUGGAGGGGAAAGAACCGAUAUCGGUGGAUACGUGUACCUCGAACGCGGCUACUGUUCCCGAGGACAUCACGUCUCCUCCGAGACUAGUGAUUCCACCUAAUCGCGACGGGGCUAUAUCGCCGACUGGCCCCGCUCAUCAACCACCCGUUUCGCCUCUGCAUCAAAAACCAAACAGCCCCGAAGUGACGGACAGUCCUACGAACGGAGUCGUAGAGAGGCAGAACAACUGCAACAAAGGAUCCCUCAGACGGAAGACUAAGUCGGCGGGGCCCGCGCUUCGAUCCAGCUACGAAGCUUACGAGGAGAGAACGAUCCCCGCUCUAAGACACUCGCACACGAACGAAUUCACGAGGGAAUGCCACAUGGAGAACACGGACACGAAGGUGAUCUCGAAGCUGAACGACAGGGAGAAGAAGCAAGCCGCGUUACCAAUAGCCGUCUUCGGAAUGGAAAUGGUAGAAAAGUUCUAUUCGAAGCAAUUCACGGACAAAGAGGAGGGGCUGAUGCAGCUGAAAGAGGAACUGAAAACGUUCGAUCCGGAGGUGUCGAAACAUUCGGCGAACAAAACGGCCAGAGCUACGAUUUUGCUGUUGCACAGAGCUCUCAGGGAUAAAGUGUUCAGCGUGUAUAGCCUGGCAGCGCAAUUGAUCAGGAUUUUCUUUUCAGAGUUUGCGACGGACAGAGUGUCGUCGACCGAGAUCGCGAGAAGCGUGGAACGUCUACUUCCGGAACUGUUGACCAAGUCAGGCGACACUACGCCGAGGAUCCAUAACAUGGCUGUGCACACGAUACUGAGUAUGGCAGAUUGCAAAUGCGUGAGAGAAUUGCACAUAAUACCGGUGCACUUGACGAGACCCGUAAGCAGCAGCACGCAUCAACGGUUGGCUCUUAGCAGGCUCGAAAUGGUGGAGCAGCUGAUCCUGAAUCACGGAAUAUCAACCGACAAACAAAGUGGACUCACUUGUCGAACGUUGUCAGAGUUGGGUUCCUCGGGUUUGCACCAUCCGGCGGAAGCAGUUAGGAAAGUAUCGGAAAGGAUUCUGGUGUUGGUGUACAAAGUGAAUCCCAGAUUGGUCCGCAAGCAAUUGCCUCCGGACGAUGAUAUCACCAGACGGAACUUGUUGUACCGACAACUGUUUCACGAAUUCGAUCUUAUCGAUCUUCAGAGGAAAAAAGAAGCGGACGCGUGUCACAAAACGACAACGCCGACGCGAACCAAGUCUACGGAGAACAACGUAGCAAACUUAACAAAGUCGCCGUCUAGAACGAGUCCUGUCGUUAGUACCGGAAGUUCAACGAGUAUAACGUCUCCGUCCGAAAAUAGCACGGAUCACAAGGGUGACAAGAUGUGUAUAUUCUGCCAUUCCAAGGGGCAAGGGUAUUCCGAAGAAGGGUUGAAUAUUCAUUAUUGGAGAAGCUGUCCUAUGUUGACGAAAUGCGAAGCGUGCAAGCAAGUGGUGGAAAUUUCAUAUUUAAGCCUACACUUAUUAAACGAAUGCGAUAUGAGAAACAAUUACAUAAAGUGCGAAACUUGCAAACUGGCAAUCCACGAGAAUUCGUUCGCGGAACAUAGAAAAAGUAACAAGUGUCUAAAUCCCAUCGAAGGAUAUGACCGUUGCCCGCUCUGCUCCAAUCUCGUGAAUCAGAAUAAGUGGAGAGAACAUCUCAUGGGUGAACAUCCCUGUAAAAAUAAUCCAAGAAACAAACUAGUGAAAACCUGUUCAAAGUCUCCAUCCAAUUCGCAUCUCGGCGGAAAAAUGACUUCACCUACCAGUAGAGAUUACUAGCAUCAACCCUCAACUUCGGGCAAUUCGGAGUAUAAAAAGUUUUAGAAAAGAUUUUUCUUUUGUUUUCUUUUAUAGUUUAUCUAUGCGUUACGAGAUGUCGAGCGUUUUUCAUAUUUCUACUUGUAUUUGAAUCUUUUUUUAUAGAAAAACCCGUCCUUCAUUAGUAGAAAUACCUCUGUGUUAAACAAAUUUCUAGUCGUAAGUUGAAAUCUAAUCUUUAGGACAUUAAGGAUCUUGUUAUUGACUAAAUCGAAAAAAGAAAAGAAGAAAAUCUUAACGUGUAAUACUAUUCCGAAGCGAAUACGAAUGAGACGCGCAACAGAUACUCAUCUUUUUCAAACUUAAAAUACUAUAGAAGCAAGGAGUUCCAUACAAUUUAAUAACAUAUUAUUGAACAUUAUGGCACUGGCCAUUUUUGAAUUAAUGAUUCCUCUACAUCCGGCCAUAUUUAUAAUAAUGUUUG